AUGCGGACAUCUCUAGCAGCCCUGGUAGCCUGGUCCGCCGGUGCGACCGCGGCGCUGCAAGUUGUCGAGAACUCAACUUACAUCACACUCGGCAAUGAUCGCCUGACUGCUGUACUCAAGAGGAGUGCCGGCCAGAUUGUGGAUCUCACUCUCGAUGGCCAGGACUUGCUGGGCGCCCAGUCCGGAUCCACCGGCAUCGGCCCCUACCUCGAUUGUUACUGCAUCCCGUCAGGCUUCUAUACCGCCGGAGCCACGACCCCGAGCAUGGAAGUGGUGCAAGGUACCGACUCAACCGGGACCAAGUACGGGGGCAUGAUCUUGACCGAUACAUAUACACCCACGGGGCAGAAGUUCCAACAAUAUUGGUUCCUCCGCGACGGGGAGACGGGAUUGCACAUGUUCAGUCGCUUGGCUUAUCAUAACGAGACCACUCCUUUCCUGCGAAACCUGCAAGAAUUCCGAACUUUGUUCCGGCCAAACACUGAUCUCUGGACGCAUCUCACGUCGAGUGAUGUUCAAACCGCGCCACUGCCGAGCAAGGAGGCUAUUUCAAAACAGAUUGUGGUCCAGGAUGCGACAUGGACAUUCAAUAACACACCUACCGAUGCUUACUACACUCAAUUCUCGGAUUAUUUCACCAAAUAUACUUUCUCUAACCAAUGGCGAAACAAUAGCGUGCAUGGCCUUUACGCCGAUGGGAGCACAUCAGAUGGAACGACUUUUGGAGCCUGGAUGGUGAUGAACACCAAGGACACAUAUUAUGGCGGACCGUUACAUUCCGACCUGACAGUUGACGGGAUCGUUUACAACUACAUUGUAUCAAACCACCACGGCGAGGGAACACCAAACAUCACCAACGGAUUUGAUCGAACCUUCGGGCCCCAAUACUAUCUUUUCAAUGGCGGCAAAGGCUCAGCCUCGCUAGAAGAGCUACGAUCCGAGGCAGAGGCUCUAGCAAAUCCACAAUGGAACUCUGCGUUUUAUGACUCCAUCGCCAAACACGUUGUCGGAUAUGUGCCCUCCAGCAAAAGAGGCAGCGUAAAGGGAACCGUCAAGCUUCCUAAGGGGGCAGUUCGCCCAAUUGCCAUUCUCACGGUUGACGGCCAGUACUUCCAAGACAACAGCGUGGUCCCAAGCUCCUACCAGUACUGGACAGAUAUCAGCCAAGACGGAAGCUUCAAGAUUGAUCGCGUCACAGAGGGAAAAUACCGCCUCACUGUUUAUGCCGAAGGUAUAUUCGGUGACUUUGUCCAAGAUGGAAUCACCAUCCGCGCAGGAAAGCAGACCAAUAUACGUGAGACUUGGAAGCAAGAGUCUGCAGGCACCGAAGUGUGGCGGAUCGGAGUGCCGGACAAAUCCUCCGGUGAAUUCAGACGUGGUGACGCGAGGGACUCCACACACCCGUUGAAUCCCCCCGAGUAUCUCAUCUACUGGGGCGCUUAUGACUGGCGCGCCGAUUUCCCAGAUGGUGUCAACUACACAAUCGGAACCAGCGAUCCUGCCGUCGACCUGAACACGGCCCACUGGUCAGUCUUUGGACCGACAGCAGGGGACUCGCAUGUCGAAUACGAUACUACAAAUGACUGGAACAUCAAUUUCAAGCUCGACGCGAAGCAGCUUAAGAAACAAAAGACAGCAACUUUAACAAUCCAGUUGGCGGGCGCGAAGACUGCAGCAGGGAACACGGAUGUGUGGAACCCUGUGGAGCCUUACAACAAUCUGUCCUUGGAGAGCUACAUCAACGAUGAGAAAGACCCCCUCACGUUUGUUAUUGGGUUCAAUCAGUCCAGCAGCUGUAUUGUUCGCUCUGCAGUCAGCUGCUAUCAGGUUGGGUCCAGGAUGGAGUUCCCAGCAAGCUGGUUGAAGGCGGGCGACAAUGUGCUCCGUCUGCAUUUACCUCACAAUGCAACGGAUACCGAGACUGCGAUUCUUCCAGCGACCGUUUACGUUCAAUAUGACGCGAUCAGGCUUGAGUUGAAGUGA